UGUGUCCUCAGUUUCCUGAUCCCUCCGAGUUCAUAAUCUUAGCAAACGGUGAAAAUGUAAUCUUUCCGAACGUGUGUGAUUUAAUCUGAGCCAAUCAGAGACGGAGAAACCGGAGACAAUUGGAAUACGAUUCAAGCAUUUGAUGGAGCUCUUCUGGCAUGGUUCCUUCAAUUGGGCACCAAUGAGAUGAAGAAGGAGACCAUCACAUUUUAAGAGACGCGCUCUACAGAAAAAUUAUUUUCCAUACAUCCAACUCAACCCGAGACUCUCAAUGAUAAACAUUAAAAUUACUGUUCUAAAUUUGUAUUUUAACACUUAAGUGUGGCUGCGGUGAACAAUCUUAAUUCGACAGGAUGAUUUCGAUGAAGGCGAUAUCUCUUUUGGUACUCCCUUUGUACACAUUCAAUGGAGCUGAAUCAAUAACAGAGAACAGAAAAAAAGUGCACAAGCAGGCGACAUCACUCGCAGAACAGAAUACCAAAGAGGAAAACAACGAAGCGAUUAGAUCAGCCUGGUUUACAUUAUUCAAAAACCCAAGGUACAAAAAUGCAGAAAGGGUUGAAACUUAUGUGAGCAGAACAGGGCAGGAAAAUGCGGACGACAUUGAAAAGAAAAUGAUAGAGGAGAACGAAAAAGUGAUUAUUCCGAGGCAAAUACUCGUUGAAACAUCCGGAUUGAAGAAACUACAUUUGGAUACGCGUGGAUUUAGGGCGCCAGAUUUACAUGACCGAAGACAAAAGACCUUGUUACAAGAGGAUAAAUAUGAUUAUGACGCGCCCGACACCAGACGCUACCCCGAUGAUAGAGGCAUGACUUUCUACUCCGGUCGCACGACAUCCAAAUAUUUUCCCGAUUUCUACGUGGAUCGUUAUUGAAAUGUUUGAAGAAUCCAUUCAAGUAAAAACCCAUGCAGUUUCAAGAACUGUAGAAAAAUAAAUAGAGUGUUGAAUUUACAAAUAGAAGCCGUAGUUUAUAAAAUUGAUUUGACUCUAAAACUCAAAAGAAGAAACCAAAAUGUAACAUAAAUGUACUUAAUUAAUUAAUUGGAAUAAUAAUAAAAAAAACCUGGUUAUUUAUGUUCUUUCA